AAGUCCGAGGAAACAAAUAACAUCUAUUCAAUUUUCCAUCUAGCACAACAUGUUGAAACUUUGGAGAUUCUCCCAAAAGCACUUUGGACCAAUUUCGACAUUUUCGAGACAAGCUCAGCUUUAACGUACGAUCAGGAUUCAUUCACUCUCCCCAUCCAGGCCAACUCUCCAAACGCCAAUUUAAACUUCAUAGAAUUCAAAAGCUCUGGACUGGCAGUAUUGAACUCAUGCAUGGAUUUGUCGACAAUCGAGUUGUUCCUUUCUAACCAGAUCGCAAUCUUGAUAUUUGAAGAGUGUGAGAUGUCCAACAUCAAACAUAUGCCAAUGAAUCUGGAAUCAAAAAUAUUCACCAUCAAUCAAAAGUGGAAGGUCACAGAGAUCUACAAAAUAGAUUUUGCGAGUGAGAAAGUAACAAGCCAAGCUAUUGGCACUUAUGACCCGAAUAGAGGGUUUGAUUUGGACCGACCAUCCAUUUGGUUGCGUCGUCAAAACUUGCACGGCUACCAUUUCAGAAUGGGGCACCACAAAGAAAGUCGUCCAAUGUUUUUCCAAGCCCCGGAUGGAACUUUCCAGGGAUAUCUGGGUAGCAUCGUCCAACAACUUCAACAUGCUCUCAACUUUAGUUCAACUUUGGUCCCAAGCUCUGACAAUCGUUAUGGAGCUUUGAUUAAUGGGACCACAUUUGAUGGGAUUGUCGGUAUGAUCCAACAUGGCGAAAUUGACUUCGGAAUUGCAGGCAUAUCAAUUACACGAGACCGAUUGCAAGUCAUAGAUAUUCUGGAACCUUGCUGGGUGACAGUUUACAAGCUCCUACUUAAACGCCCGAGUAAUUCCAUUCAAUGGACAACUUACAUCCGAAGUUAUGAUCCUAUGUUCUGGAUAGCAUACUCCAUGAUGAUUUUGCUUUUAACAAUCGUAUCGCUUGGUAUGGCAAGAUAUUGGAGGAUUCCGAAGACAGACAUCCUGGGCCAUUUCUUUGGCGUCAUAUUAAAUCGUGAAAUCACAGCACUCGACUCCAAGACUUUGAAACCGAGUUUGCGAAUCUUAUCGUUCAGUAUGCUGCUGUUUUCUUUCAUUGUAUUUGCCACCUACAAUGCGGUCCUCACGUCGUUCUUGGCCACUCGAGAAGUAUCCAUACCCGUUAGAAACGUGGCAGAUUUCCUUAAACCCGAUGUUAAACUUGCCUUAAAGGCGGGAACGGCCACUUUUGACAUGUUUCGGUAUGCUAAAGAAGGCUCUUUGUUCAAGCAGAUUUACGACACAAAGAUCAAGCCUGACAAGUUAGCAAUCUUUGAGGGAGGCAGUAUUGCUUACGAUAAAACGGAGUCGAAUAAAACUCGGCUCCUAAAUCUGGGCUACUAUUUGAUCUUGGACUCAACUUUCCAUGUACUGGCUAACAGCGAUCCCUGUCAGUACGUCUUUGCUCCGUUUGAGAAAUUCCUCAUCGACUUCAGCUCUUUCGCCCUUACCAAAGAUUCCCCGUUCAAGAACUUGUUCAACUUUCACCUACGAAAGCAACGAGAUUCUGGGAUAUGGCAAACCCUGAGGCAGCGUAUAUCGUUCAGCCGACCAAAUCCAUCCAAUGGAAACGAUUGCAGUAAUGGAGAUGGUGAAGAUGAAAUUGGUUUGAAAUUUGACAUCACGCUGCCGGCAUUUGUGAUCUUUGGUGGCGGAAUCCUUCUCAGUUUGGGCAUUUCCAUUCUUGAAAGAAUUUGUCCCACUUGGGUCUUGGUAUCUGACUGCGUUCAGGUAUAGGGUAAAUUGUGUCAUGUCUACAGCAUAAUAGCUUGAAAUGCUAUUUUCUAAACAUCACCAAUAGAUCGUGACCAUCAAUGGUA